AUGCCAUUCAAUACGGAUACCGAAGCAAUGUCACUGAGUAUGACACGCGGGCGCCAGCGCCAGCGCCCGGGUCCAGCGUGUGACGAGUGCCGGCGCCGCAAGCUGCGCUGCGAUGGGCAGCAACCGCAAUGCGGGGUCUGUCAAGAGACAGAGACAGUAUGUGAAGUCACACCGCGUGGGGCGCGAGGACCAAAGAAGGGACACUUAAAGGCCCUUAAGAGUCGAAUCGAGCAACUGGAGGCUAUGCUAGAGAGCGGUCUCUCAGCCCAGCAGGAACAAGAGGACCUACAAAUUCAAAACAACGCCCAAAGCAGUAGCGAAGGAACAAUCGCGGCAUCGCCUGUCGACGCGAUAGGUCCCGCUACGUUUAAUCCCACAGAACCAUGGCAGCCGACGGCGGCGCCUUCUGUCCCGGAGCCUGCGGCUUUCGGUUUCCUGUCUGACUCCGCUUCCCUUUCCCAUGGAUUGCCAUCCUCGUCGGCCCUGUCAAUCAAAGUAUCCAUACCUCUCACGGAUGUCUUGCGGGCCGAAUUAGACCAGCUCUACUUGGACCGUGUGCACCAGUCAAUCCCCAUCCUCCAUCAGCGACGGUAUCUGUCUUGGUCCAAAUCUACUACCAAAAGCGCAUCGCGUACAUGUUUACAGUAUGCUAUGUGGGCUUUGGCUUCCCUUAUGUCAACUCAGUUCCGUGAUAUGAUUGAGCCACUAUACGAGAAAACAAAGGAGAUGCUGGAGCAUCUCAGCCUGGAAGCUAACGAAAAGAACAACUUGACUACGGAGCUUGCUCAAGCAUGGGUGCUUGUUGUAAUAUUCGAAUCUAUGCGAACAUAUCACCAACAGGCGUGGAUGAGCGUUGGCCGAGCUUUUCGCUUGGUCCAGGCCAUGCGAUAUCAUGAGAUUGACAGCCCUCAUGGUAGAAAAGGAUCCUUUUCCUCUCAGAUGAGCGACUUUACCGAGAUAGAAGAGAGACGGCGGGUUUUCUGGAUGGCCUACUUCCUUGAUCAUGUUAUCAGCAUACGCGAUGACUGGCCCAUCACUUUAAAUGAGCACGUAAGAAACCCGCUCGAUCAUUUUCAGAUCUGCACCCGACUUCCAGCCCCAGAUGCAGAGUUUCAAGCUGGGCAGCAUCAGCUGGGACCCUUCCUGUCAGAAGCUAUGACAGACCCCGAUCUCAAAGUUCGCUCACCAUUCAACGAAUGCCUUAUUUUAGUUACUAUUUGCGGGCGUAGCCUGCUCCAAAAUCAGCGGUACCACAUAUCCAAAGCCUACGGAGGAAUGGCAAUAGACUACAUGGAGCAGCGUCUGUGGUUGGAAAAUCUCCUGACAACAAGACUGCAGGUCUUGUCGCAGUGUUACCCAACCCCUACAGAUGUGUAUGAGCCCCUGUUAUUAUUCGCCAGCGUUCUUGGUCAAGCUACUGUGAUCUACUUCUGCAAAACCAUAGACUCAACGAUAAUUCCAGACGGCGAGCUGCAGGGCAAUAUUGAUCUAUUUGGUCCUCAAAAUCGGGCCCUUGAAGCUUCUACAAACAUCAUCCGUCUCGCCUCGACACUACGCGACUUACCAUUUGCCAAGGUAGGCCUUUUACUCUGA